CUAUGUCUAUGGUCCCAUGUCGAGCCAAAUGGUGUGCAUCUAAGUGUGUUACAUAUACACAACACAUUGAGUUCUUUAUUGCUCGUGGUGUGAGAUUCCUAACCUCAAAUACGCCAUUGUUUCUCCGCUUAAAAAACUCGUUCUACUGACACGUAAUUCCAAUUUUUGGAAUUUUCUACACUCAAAAACAAACUGACUGAGUAUAUUUCUUAAUGAAAAUAUCAGGAUGCCGUUAGCUAGAGAUUUCCUUCAUCCAAGCCCCAUUGAAGAAAAACGAAAGCAUAAACUGAAGAGGCUUGUACAAAAGCCUAACAGUUACUUCAUGGACGUCAAGUGUCCUGGUUGCUACGCAAUCAAAACAAUAUUUUCCCAUGCACAAAGACCAGUGGAAUGCGAUGGAUGUCGCACAAUAUUAUGCACCCCAACAGGUGGAAAAGCUCGAUUAACUGAAGGUUGUUCUUUCAGGAGAAAAGUACAAUGUUAGGGUAGAAUUUCAUAUUUGGGAAAAUAAAUACAAAGUUAUUUUGUACAUCUUGUACCAUUA